GAGUGGGAUGCUGCGGAGACAGUCCCCGGAGGAGGACAGUACCGUCCUGAUCGACGUGGCCCCCGAGGCCGAGAAGGGCCACACUUACGGGAGCACAGCCCCCACCUCAGAGCCGAGUGGACACCGGGAGGCCGCCGGCAGGGUGGGGAGCCCCUCCAAGCCCCGAGUAGCUGACUUCGUCCUCGUUUGGGAGGAAGACCUGAGGCUGGGUCGGCAGCAGGGUGGCGCCGGCCGGGACGAGACAGACACGCGCGGUGCCUGGAGGGAGACCUUUCUGGAUAACCUCCGCGCCGCUGGGCUACACGUGGACCAGCGUGCUGUCCAGGGUGAGAACGGAGCAGUGCAGUACAUCCUCCUCAGGGCCCCCUGGGCCGUGCUCUGCUACUACGCCGAGGACCUGCGUCUGAAGCUGCCCCUGCAGGAGCUGCCCAACCAGGCCUCCAACUGGUCGGCGGGCCUGCUGGCGUGGCUGGGGCUCCCCAACAUCCUGCUGGAGGACGUGCCCGACGUGCCCCCUGAGUAUUACUCCUGCCCGUUCAAAGUGAGCAAGCUGUCAAGGUUCCUCGGGAGUGACAACCAAGAAAACUUCUUUACCAGCACCGAGCGGCACCAGAUUCUGUUUGCGAUCCUGGCCAAGACACCAUAUGGCCACGAGAAGAAAGGCCUGUGCGGGAUCGACCAGCUGCUGGCGGAGGGUGUCUUUAGCGCGGCCUUCCCCCUGCAUGAUGGCCCGUUCAGGACGCCCCCAGAGGGCCCUCAGGCCCCGGGCCUCACGCAAAGGCAGGUUCUGUUCCGGUACUGGGCUCGCUGGAGCCAGUGGAACAAAUACCAGCCUCUGGGCCACGUGCGCAGAUACUUCGGGGAGAAGGUGGCCUUCUACUUCGCCUGGCUUGGGUUCUACACAGGCUGGCUCCUGCCGGCAGCGGCAGUGGGCACUCUGGUGUUCCUGGCGGGCUGUUUCCUGGUGUUCUCAGACAUACCCACGCAGGAGUUGUGUAGCAGCACCGAUCACUUUGAGAUGUGCCCGCUCUGCCUGGACUGCCCCUUCUGGCUGCUCUCCAGUGCCUGCACCCUGGUCCAGGCCGGCCGGCUCUUCGACCACGGCGGCACCGUGUUCUUCAGCGUGUUCAUGGCGCUGUGGGCCGUGCUGCUGCUUGAGCACUGGAAGCGCCAGAGCGCCACGCUGGCCUACCGCUGGGGCUGCUCGGACUACGAGGACAUCGAGGAGAGGCCACGGCCCCAGUUCGCCGCCUCGGCCCCCACGACGGCCCCGAACCCCGUCACCGGGGAGGACGAGCCCUACUUCCCGGAGAGGAGCCGCAUACGCCGCGUGCUGGCCGGCUCCACGGUGGUCGUGAUGAUGGUGGCCGUGGUGGUCGUGUGCCUUGUGUCCAUCAUCCUGUACCGGGCCAUCAUGGCCAUCCUCGUAUCCAGGUCCAACAACACCCUCCUCGCAGCCUGGGCCUCGCGCAUCGCCAGCUUCACGGGGUCGGUGGUGAACCUGGUCUUCAUCCUCGUCCUCUCCAAGAUCUACGUGGCCCUGGCCCACAUCCUGACGAGAUGGGAAAUGCACCGCACGCAGACCAAGUUCGAGGACGCCUUCACCCUCAAGGUGUUCAUCUUCCAGUUUGUCAACUUCUACUCCUCCCCCAUCUACAUCGCCUUCUUCAAGGGCAGGUUUGUGGGACACCCGGGCAACUAUCACACCUUAUUCGGGGUCCGCAACGAGGAGUGUGCGGCCGGAGGCUGCCUCAUCGAGCUGGCACAGGAGCUCCUGGUCAUCAUGGUGGGCAAGCAGAUCAUCAACAACGCGCAGGAGAUUCUCGUCCCGAAGCUACAGGGCUGGUGGCAGAAGUUCCGGCUGCGCUCCAAGAAGAGGAAGGCGGGGGCUUCUGAGGCGGUUGGCCAGGCACCUUGGGAGGCCGACUACGAGCUUCUGCCCUGUGAGGGUCUGUUCGACGAGUACCUCGAAAUGGUGCUGCAGUUCGGCUUCGUCACCAUCUUCGUGGCCGCGUGUCCGCUCGCGCCGCUCUUCGCGCUGCUCAACAACUGGGUGGAGAUCCGCCUGGACGCGCGCAAGUUCGUCUGCGAGCACCGGCGCCCGGUGGCCGAGCGCGCGCAGGACAUCGGCAUCUGGUCCCACAUCCUGGCUGGCAUCGCGCACCUGGCGGUCGUCAGCAACGCCUUCCUGCUGGCCUUCUCGUCCGACUUCCUGCCGCGCGCCUACUACCGGUGGACCCGCGCCCCCGACCUGCGCGGCUUCGUCAACUUCACGCUGGCGCGCGCGCCGCCCGCCUUCGCCUCCGCGCACAACCGCACUUGCAGGUAUCAGGCUUUCAGGGAAGAUGAUGGGCAGUAUUCUCCAACGUACUGGAAUCUUCUGGCCAUCCGCCUGGCCUUCGUCAUAGUGUUUGAGCAUGUGGUGUUCUCCAUCGGCCGGAUCCUCGACCUCCUGGUACCCGACAUUCCUGAGUCCGUGGAGGUCAAGGUGAAGCGAGAGUACUACCUCGCCAAGCAGGCGCUGGCUGAGAAUGAGGCUCUCUCUGGAACAAACGGAGCAAAGGACAACUACUCCCAGAGCUCAGAGAGGAGUUUGGGCCCACAGCCUACACUGCCAGGAGGUGGCCAGGCCUCACAAGUCCCUUCUCCCUGAGGUCACGGGGGUCACCCCAAGCCAGCAGUCCCACCUGGAGGUGAGGGACUCUGCUGCCCCGGAGAUGUCAAAGGCUCACUGCCCUCAGAGGCCACAGCCCACCUUCUGCCCCUUCUUGGCCCAGAGCUGUGGUGCCCUCGGUGACCCUGGGCCUCUGCUCAUGAGCCCUAGCCCCUCAGGUGCCGGCUGCCGCCCCCCCAACCCCCUGCCCGCAGCAGCACCUGGAGCUUCCCUGCCACCUCCCUCCCAGCCCCCAGGGCAGGUGGCCCCGCACCAGAGAUGCUGGCCCCGACGCUGUGGCUCAGGGCCCUCCCCGCCCCCAGCUCUCUGCACGCGGGGCACAGCUCUAUCUCCCAUGUGCCACCGGGAGAAUCGCACUGGAGACUAGAACUAUCUAUGGGUCUCUAGUUACCAGUCAAAAGCACGUUGAAGACACCCCUGGUUCCACAGGACCGAGAACCGA